AUCAUCUGGAUUUCUCCAAAACGAGCAUAACUUAUCGAUGAUAUAUCAUAUCAUUGUUAUUCUUAUCUCUACAAAGUAUUCAUAAAAUGGCUCAAAGUGCCGCUCUGUUAACACGGAUAGUGGCAUCCUCUGUAUCUGCCACAGUACAAGCCGGAAAAAUAAUUCGAGAUGUUUUAAACAAAGGUGGAUUAAAUAUUGUGCAAAAAGGUAAAAAUGAUCUGCAAACAGAGGCAGAUCGUUGCGCCCAACAAUGUAUCAUAACUUCACUCAGUCGUCAAUUUCCAAAUAUCACGAUUAUUGGUGAGGAAGAACCAUCUAACUGUGAGGUACCAUCGGAAUGGAUCAUCACAGAAGCAGAUCAAGAGGUAUUGCAGAUGAAACUACCAACACACUUGGAGGAUAUUAAUCCUAAAGAUGUGUGCGUCUGGGUAGACCCUCUGGAUGGUACGGCAGAAUACACGCAAGGACUAGUGGAACAUGUCACAGUGUUGGUUGGUGUGGCAAUUGGCAAAACGGCAAUCGGAGGCGUGAUACAUCAACCCUAUUACAAGAAUGAUGAAAAUGGCAUGUAUGUUGAAAACGGCCGUACAUUGUGGGGUAUCGAGGGCGCGGGAUUCGGAGGAUUUAUGCCGAAAUCACCUCCACAAGAAAAGAGAAUAAUCACAACUACUCGUUCGCAUUCCGACAGUAUUGUCCAAAGCGCCAUAAAAUCGCUGAAUCCUGACGAAGUGAUGCGCGUCGGUGGCGCUGGGCACAAGAUAAUUCUUCUAUUAGAAGGAAAGGCUCAUGCAUAUGUAUUUGCCAGUCGCGGAUGCAAGAGAUGGGACACUUGUGCACCCGAGGCCAUUCUUCAUGCAAUCGGUGGCGUUUUAACCGAUCUUCAUGGUGAACGCUAUUCCUAUAAUCAGGAAACGAUACAUAUAAAUACGAGAGGCAUAUUGGCUACUGCGCCCGGUCAGUCGCAUCAGUGGUAUCUAAGUCGUAUACCUAAUGAGUAAAACGAAG